GUUGAACAUUUAUCCUGAAAACUUGCUAAUCUCAGUCCUACGCUCGUGGCAGUUGGCGACAUCCUCUCACGAACUCCUCCCUUCACCUCGACGGACGGCGAGCAGAGUUCUUAUAAAUCGAUGAUCUUCGUUUGAUCUUGUGGUCUUCUUUUCAUCUUCUGUAUAGAAUCAAAUUGCCAUUGCACAGGGCUCCCUAAAAAUAAAGGGCCCAAAUUUUCUAACAUCCGUAUACAUCUCUUGAUCUGAAAUAUUGAGCGACAAAUCUUAAAGAGGUAAAAUGUUUAUAGAAAAAUAAGCAAAAUGAGGGAAAUCAGGCGGAGAUAAGUAGACGAACUCCCUACUCCAAAUCAAAAUCUCGAUUCUUGAGCUUCCAACCAGCAAUCGCAAAAGCAGCUAAACAUCAUACAACAAUCGGCAAUCUGAAAUAAGGGCUCUGGAGAAGAUGGACUUAAGACAGGUAUUUACUGUAGAUCUUCUAGAAAGAUAUGCAGCAAAAGGUCAUGGAGUUAUUACUUGUAUGGCAUCUGGAAACGAUGUCAUUGUUCUUGGAACCAGUACUGGAUGGCUAAUCAGGCAUGACUUUGGUGGUGGUGAUUCUUAUGAUACUGAUCUUUCCACUGGUCGAGCUGGGGAGCAAUCCAUCCACAGAGUUUUUGUUGAUCCUGGUGGGAGUCAUUGUAUAGCCACUGUUAUUGGCACAGGAGGUUCUGAUACAUAUUACAUGCAUGCAAAAUGGUCAAAGCCCAGGGUUUUGGUCAAACUCAGGGGCCUUGUAGUCAAUGCUGUUGCCUGGAACAGACAACAGAUAACAGAAGUUUCCACACGAGAGGUUAUACUUGGCACACAAAAUGGCCAACUUUAUGAAAUUGCUGUUGAUGAGAAAGAUAAGAGGGAGAAAUACGUAAAAUUUCUAUUCGAACUAAUUGAAUUCCCAGUGCCUUUCGAGGGUUUGCAGAUGGAAACAGCUAGCUCAAACAAUGGAACUAGAUACUAUAUUAUGGCUGUAACCUCAACAAGACUAUAUUCAUUUACUGGUAUUGGAUUGCUUGAGACAAUCUUUGCAAGUUAUGUAGAACGUGCAGUGCAUUUUAUGGAGCUUCCUGGAGAAAUACCAAAUAGUGAGUUGCAUUUCUUUAUUAAGCAAAGAAGAGCAGUGCAUUUUGCUUGGCUUUCUGGAGCUGGUAUUUAUCAUGGUGGACUCAAUUUUGGAGCACAAAACAGAACCCCAAAUGGGGAUAUAAAUUUUGUGGAGAACAAGGCUCUUUUGAGUUAUUCAAAGGUCAAAGUUGUAAAUAGAAUUAGUGAGCAAAUUGUGGAAGAACUUCAGUUUGAUCAAACUUCAGAGACAGCAUCAAAAGGGAUCAUUGGGCUUUCUAUUGAUGCAUCUGCUGGAUUGUUUUAUGCAUAUGAUGAAAACUCAAUCUUUCAGGUGUCUGUAACUGAUGAAGGGAGAGAUAUGUGGAAAGUGUAUCUAGACCUCAAGGAAUAUGCUGCUGCUUUAGCAAAUUGCUCUGAUCCUUUCCAGAGAGACCAAGUAUACUUAGUACAGGCUGAAGCUGCUUUUUCAUCAAAGGACUUCUUUAGAGCAGCAUCAUUUUUUGCUAAAAUAAACUAUGCAUUGUCGUUUGAAGAGAUUACAUUGAAGUUUAUAGGCAUAGGGGAACAGGAUGCUUUAAGGACAUUUUUGUUGAGGAAGCUUGAUAGUCUUGUGAAAGAUGAUAAAUGUCAAAUAAUGAUGAUAUCUACAUGGGCCACUGAACUCUACCUCGACAAGAUCAAUAGACUACUACUGGAAGAUGAUUCGCCAGAUAAGCGUAAUUCAGAAUACCAAUCUGUCAUCAUGGAAUUUCGUGCUUUUCUUAGUGAUAGUAAAGAUGUGUUGGAUGAAGCAACUACAAUGACUCUACUUGAAAGCUAUGGUAGAGUUGAUGAAUUGGUAUAUUUCGCUAGUCUAAAAGAACAACACGAGAUUGUGAUUCAUCACUACAUUCAGCAAGGAGAAGCAAAGAGAGCAUUAGAUGUACUUCAAAAACCAGGUGUUUCUGUUGAGCUUCAGUAUAAAUUUGCUCCAGAUCUGAUAAUGCUUGAUGCAUAUGAAACUGUUGAGUCAUGGAUGACAAGGAAUGAUUUGAAUCCAAGAAAGCUUAUUCCUGCAAUGAUGUCUUAUUCAAGUGAACCUCAUGCAAAGAAUGAAACCCAUGAAGUAAUUAAGUAUUUAGAAUAUUGUGUUCACCGGUUGCAAAAUGAAGAUCCAGGUGUUCAUAACCUCUUGCUCUCUCUAUACGCAAAAAAGGAAGACGAUAGCACCCUUCUGCGAUUCUUACAAUGCAAAUUUGGUAAAGGACGAUCUAACGGCCCAGAUUUCUUCUAUGAUCCUAAAUACGCGUUGCGUCUUUGCCUAAAGGAAAAGCGUAUGCGCGCAUGUGUCCAUAUUUACAGCAUGAUGUUUAUGCAUGAAGAAGCUGUAGCACUUGCUCUUCAGGUUGACCCCGAGCUAGCCAUGGCUGAAGCAGACAAAGUGGAAGAUGAUGAAGACUUGAGAAAGAAGCUUUGGCUUAUGGUUGCAAAGCAUGUUGUUGAACAGGAAAAGGGGACAAAAAGAGAGAACAUUCGAAAGGCAAUUGCAUUUUUAAAGGAAACCGAUGGUUUGUUAAAGAUUGAAGAUAUCUUACCUUUCUUUCCGGAUUUUGCACUAAUUGAUGACUUCAAGGAAGCGAUUUGUUCGUCUUUAGAGGAUUAUAACCAGCAGAUUGAGAAACUGAAAGAGGAGAUGAACGAUGCGACACAUGGAGCUGAUAAUAUAAGAAAUGACAUCAGUGCCCUUGCUCAAAGAUAUGCAGUUGUUGAUCGUGAUGAGGAAUGCGGGGUUUGUCGGAGGGUAAUUUUGUCCGCAGGGGCGGAUUAUCGAAUUUCAAGAGGCUAUACAACAAUGGGGCCCCUCUCCCCUUUCUAUGUGUUCCCAUGUGGACAUGCGUUUCAUGCACAAUGCCUUGUUGCCCAUGUUACCAAAUGCACUGACCCAAAUCAAGCUGAGCAUAUACUGGAUCUACAAAAGCAACUGACUUUAAUGAGUGUUGAGCCGAAUGUAAAUGUAAAUGUAAAUGGUGGGUUAAAUGGUGUUGCGGAUGACUCCAUCACAAGUGUAGCACCUGUUGAUAAGAUUCGAUCAGAGUUGGAUGAUGCAAUAGCGAGUGAAUGCCCAUUUUGUGGGGAUUUAAUGAUAAGUGAGGAUAAGUUUGACACAUGUCUUCAUAAUUUAUCGCGAUAUUUUCAUCUGGAGAUGAUGUAUUCUGCAUCUGAGAUUCAUAGUGAUUUUGACGCCUCCGUAGACAAUCCAAAGAGCCUCGAAUUCCGAGCUCACUCUUUCUUUAACGGAAACCAUUAA